UUAAGUACAGCUCUUAAGUACGUAUGUACACACGCUACUUUGUGAAAAUUUGUUAUUUGUUUGCAAAUAGCGGUUUCUGUUUAAAGUAAUCAGCAUAAUGGAGACGCUACUAGAACAGCAGCGUCGGUACCAUGAAGAGCGAGAGCGUUUGAUCAAACUAAUGGUGGAUGAGCAUGCUACGAAAAAGCCCGGCGAAAAGGAGCGCAUCCAUAGUGAACACCGGCUAAAGUAUUUAAUGGAACUUCACCACAAUGCUACCACACAGCUGCGUGACCUGUAUGAGGACAAGGAUAAUGAGCGAAAGGCUGAGAUUGCAGCACUGUCCGGCCCAAAUGAGUUCAAUGAAUUUUAUGCCCGACUGAAGCAAAUAAAACAAUUCUACAAAUCCCAUCCAGCCGAAGUCAGUGUUCCCCUUUCAGUAGAGUUUGAAGAGAUGAUAAAGGUCUACAAUAAUCCCGAUGAUAUGAGCGCUCUAGUCGAAUUUACUGACGAGGAAGGCGGCGGACGGUACUUGGACUUAAACGAAUGUUAUGAACUCUAUUUAAAUUUGAGGGGCGUUGAAAAGUUGGACUACAUCACGUACCUAAUGUCCUUUGACCAUGUCUUUGACAUACCACGUGAGCGUAAAAAUCGUGAAUACCGCAAGUACAUUGAAACGCUUAACCAUUAUCUACACAGCUUCAUAUUACGCAUUCAGCCGCUCCUUGACCUUGAGAGCGAGCUGGUCAAAGUUGAGCUUGAGUUUCAGCGCCAAUGGCUACAGGGUGCCUUCCCAGGUUGGUCGUUGAAGGAGACAGAAUCGGCACUCGCCAACACUGGUGCGCAUUUAGAUCUCUCCGCCUUCUCAAGUUGGGAAGAGCUGGCCUCCCUGGGCUUAGAUCGUCUCAAGUCCGGCUUGGUUGCCUUAGGCCUGAAGUGUGGCGGCACUUUGGAGGAGAGGGCUCAACGUCUGUUUACUACUAAGGGCAAGAGUACCUUGGACCCCGCGCUAAUGGCCAAGAAACCAACAGCAAAAAGCGCCAACGCACAAACACGCGAGAAUGAACGAAAUAAAGAAAUCGCGCAGUUGGAAGCGCUGCUCUAUAAAUACGCCGAGCUGCUGUCCGAACAAAGGGCGGCAACCAAGGAGAAUGUGCAGCGCAAACAGGCACGUACUGGAGGCGAGCGGGAUGACAGCGAUGUCGAAGCUAGCGAGUCGGAUAACGACGAUGAUCCCGAUGCAGAUGAUGUGCCAUUCAAUCCCAAAAAUUUGCCAUUGGGUUGGGAUGGCAAACCUAUACCGUACUGGCUAUAUAAGUUGCAUGGCCUGAAUAUCAGCUACAAUUGCGAGAUUUGUGGCAACUUCACUUACAAGGGACCCAAGGCGUUCCAGCGUCAUUUUGCCGAGUGGCGACACGCGCACGGAAUGCGGUGCUUAGGCAUACCAAAUACGGCGCAUUUUGCGAAUGUUACGCAGAUCGAGGAUGCGAUCACGUUGUGGGAAAAGCUGAAGUCGCAAAAGCAGAGCGAGCGGUGGAUCGCUGAUCAGGAGGAGGAGUUCGAGGACACGCUAGGAAACGUAGUCAACCGCAAAACCUUUGAGGACCUAAAGCGUCAAGGAUUGCUCUAAAUAAUAUAUUUUCUA